CAUGUAUUGAAAUGUUAAGGAUACAGUGGUCAGUUACAAAUAGCAAGAUAUUUUUACUUGUCAUUAUUUAUUAGAAAUCAUUAUUUUGGACAACCAAUUGAUGUCCUCAACUUCCAAGUUUUGUUUUUAUACUUAUAGUCUACAGUGAUGGAAACAUUUGCCUUCAAGAAAGCGCUUUCGGGGUUGUUGAAGGAGGGGAUGCAAGUGGUGGAGGUCGUAACUGAUGCCCAUUCUCAAAUCUCGUCACUCAUGAAGAAAGAACAUGGCAAGAUUAAACAUAGUUGGGACAUGUGGCAUGGUGCGAAGAAUCUCGGAAAAAAGCUAUUUGCAGUUGCUCAAGAGAGAGGGAAUGAGUCGCUAAGACCAUGGGUGGAGCCUGUUGUCCACCAUUUUUACCAUGCAGCAGAAACAUGCGAAGGGGAUGCUCUGAAACUAAGUAUGAAGAUGGUAGCAGUCCUCAACCAUACUGCCAAUGUCCACAGAUGGAUACUCGGUGAAUGUGACCAUGAAGCUCUGGAUGAGGAUCAAGACAGGGGAAAUAAGCAAUGGCUGGAUCCAACAGGACAUGAGAUAGUGACCCUGGAGAAAGUUGAACGUGACACAAGAUUCCUUGGAAAUCUUCACCACAACACCACAUGCCAGUAUGUAUCUGCUUCGUUAUGA